CCAUACCAACUUCUCCAAGGGGAUGGGGCUGCCCUGAUGCCUCCAGUGCCCUCGGACCCACCCAGGGGCCCCUUUGGCAAAUGGCAGGAUUACUACACCUGGCGAGGCCUCAGUCUCGACUCCCCCAUGGCCGUGCUUCUCACCUACCCGCUGACUGUGUAUUACAUCAUCACACACCUGGUGCCCCAGUCCUUCCCUGAGCUCAACAUCCAGAACAAGCAGUCACUGAAGAUCCACGUGAUAGAGGCAGGGAAGGAGUUUGACCUUGUCAUGGUGUUUUGGGAGCUCUUGGUCCUGCUCCCCCAUGUGGCCCUGGAGCUGCAGUUUGUGGGUGAUGGCCUGCCCCUUGAGAACGACCAGCAGCAUUUUACCCUGCAGAGGGAUGGCCCUGAGGUAUCUGUUCAUUCUACUUCUGGGGUAUCAGCACGGUUCAGCUCUGGGACUAAGGAGAAGGGGGGCCGCAGGGACCUGCAGAUCAAGGUGUCAGCUAGGCCCUACCACUUGCUCCAGGGACCCAAGCCUGACCUGGUCAUCGGAUUUAACUCUGGCUUUGGCCUCAAGGACACAUGGCUGAGCUCUCUGCCUCGCUUACAGGUGGGGAA